GGAUCCUCUUCCCUCCCGGAGAAGCUAAUCAACAUGGACUCUCUCUUGCGAGGAUCCGGCUUCAGCGAAGCGGCUAUGCUGUUUACGGACGAAAAAAUCGCCAAUGCCCGUACCAAAAUUGUUGAGGCGCUGAACGAAUCACAAACGGCAACGGCAGCGGCAAAGUGUGACAUCAUCGCCAAACUACAAGAGCUUCUGCUCCACUCGGAUGUCGAGCUGUUGAACGAGUUUCUGGAAAACAUACUGGUGCUCGGCCAUGAUACGCAUCAUGAUGUGCGCAAGGCAAUCGCCGGAUUUAUCGAGGAGAUGUGCAAACAGCACAUCGCACUUUUGCCGAAGGUGAUCGGGGAACUGUUUUCGCUUCUCCGCGACUUGUCACCGAACGUGGUGAAACGGGUGAUACAGGGCUGUGGUUCGAUCUACCGAUUGGCGCUGCAGUGGAUCUGCUCGCUCGACGACAUUCCGGAAGAGGUCGAACAGGCAUGGCAUACGCUGUGUCUGAUUAAGGCCUCCAUUCUGGACAUGAUCGACAACGACAACGACGGUAUCCGCACGAACGCGAUCAAGUUCCUUGAGGGAGUAGUCAUCCUGCAGACCUACCCGGACGAGGACAGCAUGAAGCGGGAGAAUGAUUUUUCGCUCGAAGAUGUGCCCCUUACGAUGAAGCUGAUCCGGCGGCGCAAGCUGGAAGAUGAAGCGACCAACAUUUUCGAACUGCUGCUCCAGUUCCAUGCGGCUUCGCACAUCUCGUCCGUCAAUCUGAUUGCCUGCACGGGCACGCUGUGCAUCAUCGCCAAGUUGCGCCCCGCCACGAUGUUGGCGCGCGUCAUCGACGCACUUAAAAACCUGCACUCCAACCUACCGCCAACGUUGACCAACUCGCAGGUCAGUUCGGUGAGGAAGAACUUGAAAAUGCAGUUCCUCAACCUGCUCAAGCAACCGGCCAGCUACGAGCAUCAGGCAACGAUCGCUCAAAUCCUGGUCGACCUCGGUGCAUCGAAUGGGGAGAUAACGCGUGCCAUUCCGAAAAUGGACAAACGCGAGCAGCAGCGACGGGCCAAGCGGGCCCUCGAAACGGCCAUGGCUAGCGCACAGCUUGUGGCCGCUGCAAAACGACUUAAAAUGGACGAACAGCAAGGGGGGCGAAGGGGUGAAAAGGAACUGGAAGAUAAGCAGCAGCAGCAGCACCGCACGAUGGAGAUCGAUUACGACGAGCUGAACGAGCAAAAGGUGCGUUCGACGAAGCUGAACGAACAGUUCCUGCACGAUGCGCUCCAGAAAGUGGACCCCGUGGUGCAGCUGGUCAUCGGUAGCAUGGACAAAGUGUCCGAACAAACGAUUCAGGCAUCGAAACCUACCGCGGUGCUCUCCGUAGAGCAGUACAUUCAAAAGAUUGCGCACGUUUUGGCCACCCAAAUGAGCGAACUGAAGGUCGGUCCGGGUGCUUCCGCGUUCACGAAGGACCCACCGAUGAAGGUGCGAGUUAGCGAUGAGGAGGAGAAAAGCAUCAUUCAGGGUGGAAAGCGAAAAGCGGGUGAUUUGUCGUCGGAACCAGGCAACCUGGAACAAAUGGACGUCGACGAAGAACAGCAAGGGGAUGGGCCGGGGGACGAGGAAGACGACGAUGAAGCGCUCUCGGAAGACGAUCGUCAGAAGCUGGAGGCAACGCGCAAGCUCCGUGAAACGCUAGAGCGUGUCAAGGGUGGAACCGGAGCGGCUGGUACCGAACCGAAGCUCCGGCAACGGAUCAAAAUGCCAAAGUUGCAGGAAAUCACGAAACCGCUGGCGAAAGCGACGAAAGAAACGUUCCUGCUCGAUGCGGUCGGCCGGAUACUGCGCGCGGAACGGCAAGCUCUGGUCGGUGGGGUCAGUGCGCAGCGGCAGCAGAUCAUAACGGCGUUCGGGUCGGCGUUUGUUGCGCCCGUGCGAGAAGCCAUCCUGGAGCACAUUCUCGAAGAUCUCCCGAAGCGCAUCGAUCUGGCAUUUUCUUGGAUUUUCGAAGAAUACGCACUGAUGCAGGGCUUUUCGCGUUACACACACGUCAAGAACGACAACGGUCCCCAGUACCCAUACACGCAGCUGCUGGUGCGACUCGUCACCAACAUCAUCGGACGCCCGAAGGACACAUUCCGGCAGAAGGAAUCGCUGCUGAAGCGGCUCUACCUCGAAGCACCGUUAAUGCCGCAGGAAGUGACCGAUCUGCUCGUGGGCAUGUGUGAGCUUGAGGACCUCGUGGACUGUGGGAUGCAAAUUGCGAAGGAUUUGCUGAUCCGUCGGCCACCCCGAGAGCGUGUCUACCUCGAACUGCUGUUCCGGUACGCGUACCACGAGAACGGAGUGAUCCGUGAGAAGGCAAUAGAGUACGUGAUGAACGUGUUUGCCGUGCACCGGGUGCUGACGGAGGAAAUCGAAACCCGGGCUCUCGCGUGGCUUGGGCAUUUGGAACAGGAAAACCCACCGGACGCCAUAUUCACCGCCGAGUAUGGUCGGGCCGAGCAUCCGCAUACGUGGAACGAAGAUUUGGCCAAAAUUUGUCUGGGCCUGUUCCUGGAGGUGAUGGUCUACGAUCAGACGCUGUUGCAGCGAUUCUCGCAGGUGUACAUACAGGCGACCUCGGAGAUGAAGCGAGCCGUGAUACGAGCGAUCGAGGUGCCGAUCCGCAAGAUCGGCCCGGACAGCGAGGAACUGUUACGUUUGAUCGAACAGUGCCCCAAGGGUUCGGAGACGAUCAUCAUACGCAUCAUUUACAUUCUGACGGAGAAAACGCUUCCCUCGGCCGAACUCGUCGAUCGUGUUCGUACGCUCCAUCACACAAAAGUGUCCGACGUGCGGCUUCUUAUUCCAGUCAUAAAUGGGCUGACUAAGAAGGAAAUCCUUACUGCCCUGCCGAAGCUGAUCAAGCUGAACCCGGGCGUAGUGAAGGAGGUGUUCAAUCGACUUCUGGGCAUCGGUGCCGAGUAUGGUAGCGACGAACUUCCGCUCACGCCAACAGAGCUGCUCGUCGCACUGCACACGAUCGAGACCAGCAAGGUGGAGCUCAAGUUUAUCGUGAAAGCUUGCUCGCUGUGUCUGGCCGAAAAGGAUGUCUACACACACGACGUGCUGGGCAGUGUGAUGCAACAGCUGGUCGAGAUGACACCCCUGCCCACACUGUUGAUGCGCACCGUCAUCCAGUCGCUCACACUGCACCCCCGGUUGUCUGGUUUCGUGUCGAAUCUGCUGCAACGGCUCAUACUAAAGCAGGUGUGGAAGCAGAAGGUGGUUUGGGACGGAUUUCUGAAGUGCGCCCAGCGAUUGACGCCGCAGAGUUUCGGAAUACUGAUCCAAAUGCCGGCACCGCAGCUCCAGGACGCUCUCAACAUUUGCCCAGAGUUUCGCGAACCGAUGCUGGAACACGCGAGAGAAAUUAUGGAACACCAGAUCGGACACGUUUCGCAGCCCGUCAUGGACGUUCUGCUCGGCAUAUCGCCCUACUCGACCACAGAGUCGAACGAUCUGCAAAUAGUGGGUAACUACAGUGAAGAUGCACCGAUGUCAUCCCAUCUUCCGGUUAAAAUCAAACAGGAGAAGGAACCCGAACCGGCAACAACCACAUCGGCCGCCGCCCCUUUAACGAAAGAACAGUAACGCGAGUUCGUUCACUCGAAGCGCACUGUGAUCCGUGAAAAGAAAAGCAUCUUGGAGCGAAUGGCGAGACACAGCGUUCGGCUCUGACUGAACUGAAGCUGGUUUGAUUGUGUCUUUUGUUA